AUGAACAGCCUUUUGGAGACCUCGAUUGAGCUCUCUGAUACAGCUAAGGAACUCCAUCUGAAAAUGGUACGAGGAGGACCGGGGGUAAUGUUCACACAGAUUGAAUUGCAGGGAUUCAUUGGAGUGUCAUCUCUAGGUGACCUGAUGCUUAUCAUACAAGAAUUGCUGGAUAAGAACUUGAUCAAGCUUGUCAAACAGAACAACGAGCUCAAAUUCCAAGCAGUGGGUAUCGAUGAAGCACAGAAAAAAUCCACAAUGUCUGCAGAGGAAUCGCUGGUCUACUCAUACAUCGAGGCCAGCGGCAGGGAAGGUAUAUGGACCAAGACUAUCAAGGCCAAGACAAACCUACAUCAGCACGUUGUGCUCAAAUGCUUGAAGAGUCUUGAAUCACAGCGGUACGUUAAAAGUGUCAAAAGUGUCAAGUUUCCCACAAGAAAAAUCUACAUGCUCUACAAUCUACAACCAUCCAUCGAUGUCACAGGUGGACCAUGGUUCACGGACAGUGAACUAGAUGUCGAAUUCAUCAACAGUCUGUUGACAAUCGUCUGGCGUUUUGUGUCCGAAAAGACCUUCCCGGACGGUUUCAAAAAUUUUAGUGGCAGCAACAUCGAGAAGCUGUACUCCCCCGAUGUCAAAAACUACUCCACAACCCAAGACAUACUUGAUUUCAUCAUAGGCGCUCAGGUUGCGAAUGUUGAGUUGACAACGACUAAUAUACGGUCUCUAUGCGAUGUACUGGUGUACGAUGACAAACUGGAAAAAGUCCAUCAUGACUGCUACAAGGUUACCUUACAGAGCGUUUUGCAAAUGACUCAAACUGCGUCAAAGGACGCAGAGUUCUGUAUCUUCGAUUAUUACAAUUCAAUCGCACCUUCACAGAACGACAAAGACGCCGUGUAUUUUGACGAAUGGCCACUGUAG